CCCCAACUUGGAAUACUGCAAGCCCCGACCCUCAGCUCGCAAACAUCCAAAAAUGAUUUUCCACGCUGCGAGGAGACGCAUUGGCGUUCCGCAAUUCCCCAAAGUCAACGCCCGAAAUCUCGUUCCUCGUCGCACCCUCAUUCCGGCUCCCAAGGAUAAUUCAGGCCCGCUGAUGGAACGUCGCGCAGACCGUGAGCUCCCUUCGAUUAACAACGAGCAACGACGAUGGAUACGCACACUACCUAUUUUUGCUGUGGUUGUGGGCGCUGCUAUGCUUGGUAUCUUCAACUACCAGAAGUCUUCGUCUAGUGUGGUCAACAGCACACUGUAUGCUCUGCGGACUUCUCCCAAGGCGCGGGAGAUCCUAGGCGAUCAGAUUUACUUUGCGCAAAAGAUUCCAUGGAUCAGUGGGGAGAUGAACCAGCUGCAUGGGCGUAUUAAUAUCUCUUUCUGGGUGAAGGGGACCAAGACGCAAGGUAAAAUGAGGUUUCGGAGUGUGAGACCGGAUCGGAUGAGUUUUUUCCGUACUGAGGAAUGGAGCUUGGAGACAGAGGAUGGAGCUGUGAUCCAACUUCUUGAGAACGGCAAUGAUCCGUUCCGUCAGGAGUAAAUUGGUACAGGAACGCUAGACUCCACUGCAAUGACCAUGGCUCUGGUGUUGUCUAGAUUGUAUAUUUAGAAUAUUUCUCCUCUGCAUUAGGUUGGGGCGUUUGGGUGCAUGUAUUUAUUGAAGCGAGUCUUCCAAACUUGGCCGACGGAGAAAACAACGAAGCGGGAGAAUUGAAAAAAAAAGAUAAGGAUAUCAUUUAUGUAUCAUAUACAGACGCCGCUCUAGAAAACAGUAUAGUGUAAUAGUACAUUUUCAGAAAA